GCACCGCCGUGGCCCGGCAGUGAUGGCGCGGCCCGGUCCCGCGCCGUGGUGGAAUUACUUUUUCCUGUACGAUGGUUCGAAGGUGAAGGAAGAAGUAGAUCCUACAAGUGCCGGGAUUUGUUACUUCUACCCUCCUCAGACUGUCCCGGACCAGCAGGACCUGCUGUGUGGACAGAUUGCUGGCGUGGUGCGCUGCAUGACUGAGAUUUCCAGAGUGCCUCCAAGCCUCAUUCGCCUGAGGAAGCUCAAGUUUGCAGUUGUAGUGGAUGGAGACUACCUGUGGGUUCUGGGCUGUGCUGUGGAGCUCCCUGACAUCAGCUGCCGGCGGUUUCUGGAGCAGCUCAUCAGCCUCUUCACCUUCUACAACGGGCCCGUGCACCGUGCGUACAUGGCACUUCCCCAGGAGGAGCUGAGCAGGCAGUGGGACAGAUACAUUGAACACAUCCAGAAAAACACCAGUGACCUCCACAGGAUUUUCAAUUCUCUCUGGAAUCUGGACAAAACCAAGGUGGAUCCCCUGCUUUUACUGAAAGCAGCUCUCAUCUUGCAAACUUGCCAGCGGUCUCCCUAUGUUUUGGCAGGCUGCAUUCUCUACAAGGGUUUGGUUGUGAGCACCCAGCUGCCCCCUCCUCUCACUGCCAAAGUUCUCCUCCAAGGCAGCGACUCUUCAGGCCAGGCUGAGCCUGGAGGUGAGGAGCAGCAGGGGCCUGGUUCCUCACUGCCGCAGGGUGUCCGGAUCAUCCCGGUGUUCCUAACAGAAGAUGAAGUCUCCGUGCUCCGAGACUUUCCCGUGGAGUGGAUGACCAGGUCAUCCGUGUCCCCAGCAAGCCCUAGAGGAGAGGGAGAUGCUCUCCGCUCCCAGGCAGCUUCAGAAUCAACAGGAGUUCCUGAAACCCAAGACCUGAAUAAUGCCUCUGUGCUGGAGAUCCCUGAGCAAGCUUCAGGCGCAGCUGCACCAGAAGAUGCUGUGCAUCCAGGCAGCAUUGCAAACAGUGUGCCUUUGGAGAGCUUCCCUGAAAUGGAAGCCAGUGCAAAGAACUCUUCAACUGCAGAACUGAGCAGACAAGACAGCUCAGAGCUCAGUAGAAAAGCAUCUUUCCCAUCAGAGAGAGACACGAAGCAGCUGCCAAGCCCUUCCACACUCCAUACUCCUGAAUAUGCUCAAACUACAGGUCCAUAUCUGGAAGGCUAUUUCUUUCCAAACCCUUACAGCCGAGAGCAGGAGAGUUACAACAUGAGGAAAUCCCCUGUGGACUCUUAUGUUGAGCAAAACAGCUUCCAGACCUAUCAUGCAGGCAGUGACAAUCCAGCUGCUCACUCUCCUGCCCGAGAGCUGAGCAGAAGGAAAUUGAGUGACCAAGAUGAGGAAGGGACUGUGAGCCAAGGAAGUGUCUCUGGGGAGAGCAGCAGUGCAGCUGGUGGCAACAUGCAGGGUUUGGAUUGUCCAGCCACUGCUGUACAACCACAGCUCCAGAGCAGGAGCCGGCUGCUGGCUGCAGAGGCUCAGGAGAGCCUGCCUGGUGACCCAGCACAGGGCAGGGGCUGCCCACCUCGGGGGGACGGUCCGGGAGCCCAGGCUGGUGCGGAGUCUGGCAGGGCCUGCGAUCCAGUUAAGAUGAGCUUGUACGUUCACUCCAUUAAGGGCCUUGUGCUCUCCCUUCUGGCUGAAGAUCACCUGCGAGAGGAGCAGAGCUCCAUCGAGGAUGUGUACCACAGCAGCCUGGCUUCUCUGAACGGCCUCGAGGUUCAUCUGAGGGAGACUCUGCCCAAAGACUCCUCGUCCUCAGCCAAGACAACCUACAGCUUCACUCACUAUGACUGCAUUCAGAAUGUGCUCACAGCCAACCUGCCCCACACGCCUGGCCCGCUGGAUCGCCACUUCCUGAGAGCUGCUGCACUGAUCCACUCCGACUUCAGCCAGCUUCCCACUGCCUCAGAGGUGAUCAUUCGGAACGCCGCCACGGCUGUGUACGCCUGCCGGAACCCCGUCCAGGAAACCUACUUCCAGCAGUUGGCUGCUCCCCUCCGCAACUCAGGCGUUCCCAACCCUCACGACAGCGCCUUCAGCCUGCCCAGCAAGGCCAAGCAGAAGCUGCUGAAGCACGGGGUGAACCUGCUCUGAACUGAUGCACUGGGGCAGGUCUCGGCCCCUGUGGAAAGGUCGUUCAGCUCCAGUGAAUAAGAUCUCAAAGCCAUAUACUCUACAGGAGGCACGAGGCUCCAGGCUGUGUCCAUGGGGUCUCCAGCCUGCCUUGCCCUGAGGAUGGGGCACUCUCAUUGCCCUGUUCUGUGGCAUGUUCUGUGCUGGUGCAGGGUGGUAUUGACAUUAGCACUUACCAAAGACUGAAGAUAGACAUUGCCUGUGUUGAGGUGCGUGGUUUACAUUGACUCUGGGACUGUUCAUGUUGCUCUGCUGCCACGGGCAGAGACUCCUGGAGUGCCUUGACCUAAAGAAAAACCUUUUGCUCUAAGCUACACAGACACUGUGCUAUGGGGCCGUGGUCAGACACUGCCUCUGCCUGGAAAUCUGUGCCUACUUGCCCUGGUCAAACUGGGGCUUUAUUUAUAUCUUAAUCCAUAGAAUUGCUCCCCUGGCUUACCUUGGUUAAUGGAGCCUGCAUGUUCUCAGAUUAACUGGAAUAGAACAAGUGCUGCAGAACUCAUAACCCUCCUACAGGCACUGUCAGGAGGUGUUUAUCCUGUAGCUGAUCCUUGUCCCUCACUGCCUGGCUGGUGAUG